CCUGAACUUCAGUCACCCUGUAGCUUAAAACAAUCACUUCAGUACGUUCUUUUCUUUCAAGAGUUGUUUUGGGAUGGUGUGGACAAGCAGAAUUUGUUUCCGGAAGUAUGGCAAUUUUGUGGAUAAUGUACGGCUGUAUGUUAGAGGUGGUACUGGAGGAAUGGGUUUGCCCCGUUUAGGUGGACAUGGAGGGGAUGGUGGAGAUGUAUGGGUGGUAGCCAAAAAAGACACUAGAUUGAAGCAAAUUAAAGACAAGCACCCUGACAAGCGGUUCAUUGCUGGUGUUGGUUCAAACAGCAGUAUUCAAGCUUUGCGAGGUGCUAAAGGAGAGGACGUUGAAGUCUUUGCACCCACAGGAAUCAGUGUUACAUCAGAUCAUGGGAGAAUGCUAGGAGAAUUGAACCGUGAAGGAGACAAGCUUUUGGUGGCGAAAGGUGGUCGCGGUGGCUCUCCACAAUCAGGGUUCUUGCCUAAUAAAGGCCAAACCAGAAAUAUCCGGCUGGACCUCAAACUCAUUGCAGAUUUCGGACUUGUUGGGUUUCCUAAUGCAGGCAAAUCUUCCUUGCUGACCGCCUUGUCUCAUGCUAAACCAAAGAUCGCCAACUAUCCCUUCACGACGAUAAAACCUGAAAUUGGAAAGGUCAUGUAUGAUGACCACAAGCAGGUUUCAGUAGCAGAUUUACCAGGACUCAUUGAAGGUGCUCAUGUGAAUAAAGGCAUGGGACACAAAUUUCUCAAGCAUGUAGAGAGAACUAAACAGCUCAUGUUUGUGGUUGACGUCUGCGGGUUUCAGCUUGCUAGUAAAACGCCAUUUAGGUCUGCGUUUGAAACCGUGCUGCUUUUAUCCAAGGAGCUGGAGUUGUACAAGGAGGAGCUGUUAAGCAAGCCUGCUAUCUUGGUCAUAAAUAAAAUGGAUCUCCCAGAGGCUCAAAGUCAUUUCCAAGAGCUAGAAGCUCAAUUGGAGAACCAGGGAGAAUCAAUUCAUCUGUUUUCUGAAGACGUCAUCCCUAAAAGCCUAAUGCAUUUCACUCACAUCGUGCCAGUGUCUGCCAUGACUGGUCAUGGACUGCCCUUGCUCAAGUCCCUGAUCCGGCAGUCGCUUGAGGAGCAGGACACCAUAGACACUGAGGCUCAGCGCAGUCAGAAGAUCCUAGAGCUGAGAAGGGAGAUUCCUUCUUCAUCCAUACCCAGCUGGGGUUUGCCACAACCCACCUGAGCUCACACGUAGGUUUGCGUAUGAAAUGCUGGUGGACAUUUGUGGACAUGGGAAAUCUGCAGCAUGUAAUUAAAAUGCAUUUAGUGAAUCACAAAUGCUUAACAAAUCAGUCUAUGUUGAAUAGAUUAGUAUUUGUGCCUUAUGUGUGUAUAACUGUUUCCCCUCUGACAUUAAAAUGCCUGGGUAAACUUUCAGGUAAUGUUCUUGAAGAUGGUUUAGUCUUCUCUCAGUCUUAUCAGGAUGGCUUGACUUGCUGGAGUUGAAGUGGAUUCAGAAACUGGUUAGCUGGUUUGUAAUAAUUUAUUCUGCUAAAGUGAAAAAUUUGCCAUUUGGACUAUGGCUGAGAAACAAAACAUGUUUGCAUCUUGAAAAGCUAUAAUGAGAAAACAAGAAUCCUCAGAUUUUUUAUGUCUGGGAGUUGUUUUUAAACUUUGCUAAAAGUUGAAAUAUUUAAAAAGCUUUAAGUAUGUGAAGUUAUUAAAAGGUGCAUUUUAGUUUUAUUUAAAUCCCUGGCCUGAGUCAAUUUUGGGAUUUUUUUUUUUCCCUUUUUUUUGUAAAGUUUUGUAAAUACAACAAAAAUGACCAUUUUAGUUUUUGUCAUUAUUUAUAUUUAUGCAGUUAUCCUCCAUGCUUUUCUAGGUCUCAAACUGCCAGCCCGCAGGCCCCCAACUGAUGUCAAAAAUAUGAGAUUUGGCGUGCCAAAACAUAUGUUUUUAAUGUUUUGUUUUGACCCACUACCUACUCGACAAUUAUAGUACUGCAUUCAGAUAGUACGGUCGAAAGCAAUACGCAUGCAUUUUAAUUAUGUGGCUGAUUUAAAUGUUAAAAUAUGUGUCCGUAAGUGCUGUAUUCUUUUCUAAAGCUCUAUUGUAAACAGUAAAGGUUUGUUUGAUUAU